AUGAGCGAGGGCCAGCCAGCGAGGGCGUAUGAGUCGCAGUGGUGGUUGACCCUGUCUGGAGAGCGUCGUGGUCUGGAUACUGUGAUCUCUAGGCUGGAGGUGGAACUGAAGGUGCUGAAGCAAGCAGAGUUCAACAUCUAUAAGCAGUCUGCCACUCUCCCCAGCACCUCUUCUAGAAGGUUGACCCUGUCUGUGGAGGAGCAUGAUCUGGAGACUAAAAUCUCUAUGCUGGAGAAGAAGCUGGGGUUCAUGAAGAAAACAUUGGAUAUUCCAGCUCUGCUGCUGACCGGUCUGGAGGAGCUCACUGAAGAACAGCUGAAGACAUUUCAGUCUUACCUGACUAGUGGCAGGAUGUUAGGCUUUCCUCUCAUCCCAGAGAGCCAGCUGGAGAACACUGACAGACAGGACACAGUGGAUCAGAUGGUGAUGAGUUACGGCCCUGAGGGAGCUGUGAGGAACACAAUCUGGAUCCUGAGGGAGAUGGACCGACAUGAUGUAGCAGAGAAGUUAGAGAGAGAUCACACUAGAGCAACAACAUGGUGGAGAGACUCAUCAGACAGUGAUAAAUGGAGAAGGAGGAAGGAGGGUCUAGUAAUGAGGAGACGCUCCAUGUUGGAUGUUCCAGCUCUGCUGCUGACCAGUCUGGAGGAGCUCACUGAAGAACAGCUGAAGAUAUUUCAGUUUUACCUGUGUCAUGCACAAGUGUCAUUCACUAGUGGCUGGAUGUUAGGCUUUCCUCCCAUCCCAGAGAGCCAGCUGGAGAACACUGACAGACAGGACACAGUGGAUCAGAUGGUGAAGAGAUACGCCCCUGAGGGAGCUGUGAGGAACACAAUCUGGAUCCUGAGGAGGAUGAAUCUGGAUGAUCUGGCAGAGAAGUUAGAGAGAGAUCACAUUAGAGCUGUAUCUACAACAGAAACAAAAUGGUGGAGCGACUCAUCAGACACUGACAGUGAUGAAGAGAGAGAGAAGAAACAUGUCUAUCUGUCUGGACGUUCUAGAGCCUUGGACAGAGAGGCAGCAGGCAGCAAAGACACUGGAAUCACAAAGGACAAAUAUGAACUGGUCACGAAACCUGCAGAGAAGAAAAGAGAAGCUCUGCUGCUGGCCACUCUGGAGGAGCUGAGCACAGAUGAGCUGAAGAUAUUUCAGCAGGAACUGACUCCAAGCAAACAGCUUCCACCUUACCUGACUGGCUUUCCUCCCAUCCCAAAAACUCAACUGGUGAACAAUGACAGACAGGUCAUAGUGGAUCAGAUGCUGAAGAGGUACAGCCCUGAGGGAGUUGUGGAGAUCACACUGAGGAUCCUGAGGAGGAUGAACCGGGAAGAUAUACCUCACAGUAGAGCAAAGAAAGAAAUGAGAACAAUUAAGAAACUAUCCAGGCUUGGUAUAGUUUCUAGGGGCAAAAAGAUUGAGGAGCAUUGUGUCCCACUGACUGGCAGAGCCCCGUUGUUCAUCAAACAUAAGAAAACCACAAAGGUCGAGAUGGACAUUUCAACCAUCUUAGGGAGCCAACCGGAGAUGGCGAACAGUCUCAACGCCGAGGUAUCUGUGAACACCCAGGAGAACACACAGGAGAAGACCCAGGAGAACACCCAGAAGACCACCCAGGAGACCACCCAGGAGACCACCCAGGAGAACACACAGGAGAACACCCAGGAGAACACCCAGGAGAACACCCAGGAGAACACCCAGGAGAACACCCAGGAGAAGACCCAGGAGAACACCCAGAAGACCACCCAGGAGAACACACAGGAGAACACCCAGGAGAACACCCAGGAGAACACCCAGAAGACCACCCAGGAGACCACCCAGGAGAACACCCAGGAGAACACCCAGAAGACCACCCAGGAGAACACACAGGAGAAGACCCAGGAGAACACCCAGAAGACCACCCAGGAGAACACCCAGAAGACCACCCAGGAGACCACCCAGGAGACCACCCAGAAGACCACCCAGGAGAACACACAGGAGAAGACCCAGGAGAACACCCAGGAGAACACCCAGAGGAUUGAUGAUGAGGAGUUGGGAAGAGAAAGGGAUUCUCCUCUCCUGGAUCAUCAUCACAUGAGUUAUCCAGAUGAAUUUACACCUGAUAUCCACGAUCAGGACAACAGGGGAGAGUACCAGUUCCAGUGCCCCAGUGCAGGUCUGUUCCAGUGCAGUAUAACAGGCCUGGUGUUCAGGAUGGAGGGAGAAGGAGAGGUUCUCUAUAGGACAGUCCACUGGGACAGGAGGCUUCUAUCCCAGAGUGGAAAGAGACCUGCAGGACCUCUGUUCAUGUUUACAUGCCUUAAGGGGUCUGUCUGUCAACUACACCUUCCACACUGUGAGAUCUACAAUAGUGGUGGAUGUGACUUCCUGUCUGUAGCCCAUGUGACUGAUGAUGACAUCAUUGAGUUUCUCCCUCCUCUUGAGACAACAGACACACAUGUCAUUAUAAACAUCAGUGGAUUCUCUGCUUAUGGUGAAGUCAAGGAUGAAGACUCUCCCACCGUUCCUAUAAGAGCACUUGUCUUGUUGUUCUACAAGCCCCCAGAUGUUCCUAAAAAGAGGUCCAUCCUGAAUGUGUUGUUGCUUCCCAGAAAUGUUGUGAUCAGGGAGGUGCAGGAGGAGUGGAAAAGAAGGAAUGGAGACAAAUACAUCUACAUUGAAACAAAUCCUCGCUGCCAACUAACUCCCAAUAAAGAAUAGGAGCUCUUCACAGAUCUUACAGAUGAAUAUCUAAUUCAACCAAAGGAUGCAGAAUUUGUGGAUUUUGAAUCCUAUGAAAACUACUUCCCAACAUUUCAGUUGUUCAUACAAACUGUUGUUGAGCAAGUUAAUCUUCUUCUGAAAGACAAUGGUGGUGAAGAAUCUGUCUGGGAAAGACUUGUCUGGCUUCCAGCCUCACCAACAGAUGUCUCCUCUACAGUUUCAGCUGUUUCCCCUGCAGACUCUCCUGCCAACCCCUCUGCCCCCCAUGGUAGAGCCUUCAUCAGAAGACACAGGAUGGCUCUAGAGACUCGCCUGGGACUCUUACAGCCCAUAUUCCUGCGUCUCCAGGAUCAUGGGGUUCUGAUUCACGAGGAGAGGGAGGAGGUGGACAGCAAAUCCACCAAGACCCUACAGAACCAAGCCCUGCUGGACAUGGUGGUAAGGAAGGGGUCUCGCGCCCAGGAACACUUCUACCAGGUCCUGAAGGAAGUAGAUCCCUGCCUGGUCGAAGACCUGGAAGAGCAGACAGUCUGAGAGGUAACCAUGGAUACAACAGCAUCAGGAUAUAUUAUAUCACUAUACUAAUACAUGCUCUGAAAGAGACAGACAGUCUGAGACAGGUAGCCAUGGAUACAACCUCACAACCUCAGAAGAUAUCAAAACAUUUAACAGAGACAGAGAGCAGCAAUUUGAGGAGGAGCCAUCCUGACCAGAGGUGGUUGGUGUGUAACGUGAUUGGACACCAUUCUCACCAGCACUCCCAUCAGUCUGUAGUUUACUAUACAAGCCCCAGGUCUCAGGCAAGAUGACAUCACUGUGAGGCUACUGUCUACCAGACAACCUACCUGUGUUACUCUGGUACACCGGCUACAGACUACAAGAUUUUUGAAUUUCUAUCUGGAACAUGGUGAAUGUUGAAUCAUCUUGGACAGGUUUCAGGCAACAACAUGUGAGACUUAACAUCUACCAGACAACUGACUCGUACUGGACAGCUGUACUGGCUGAACACAAGGUAUAUCUCUGUUUAGAAAUAGUGUAUACAGUGGGGCAAAAAAGUAUUUAGUCAGCCACCAAUUGUGCAAGUUCUCCCACUUAAAAAGAUGAGAGAGGCCUGUAAUUUUCAUCAUAGGUACAACUAUGACAGACAAAAUGAGGGAAAAAAUCCAGAAAAUCACAUUGUAGGAUUUUUAAUUAAUUUAUUUGCAAAUUAUGGUGGAAGGAGGAGGAACCAGAAUGAUCUAAGUUAGAGAGAGAGGUGAAACAGAAGGGAACAAUUAGUCUGUUCUUUAGAAGUUCAGUUCCUUGUUUAUAUGUUGACUGUCAUCGUCUUUCCUUCACACAACUGGAACCACAACUUGCUGACAAACUGAGAACCAUCCUUGAUAAUGUAGCCCUUGAAAUGAUGUAGACAGUUAAAUAAUGGACAAUUUCUCGACAAAACAACCAUCCUAAUGUAGGUUUAUUUUUUUAUGGGCUAAUUAUUCCCCAACCUGCUCACUUGAUCCCAUCCCCACAAUGCUUCUAAUUGUUUGUUUGUUAAACGAUGUCUUAGAAAUUGUAUACUGCUCUUUAUUUUAUAACACUUACCUGGUUGCAAUCUGGUUAGUUGACAUUCAUG